AUGGGAAUUGCCAUUAUUCUCUUCCUCGUUUUUGCCGGAAUUGAGAAGGCCCCUCUUUACGGAUACAAAGGAAGCUACCCUGCUGAUGGUCCAGUCAAAACAUAUGCCUUUCCUCUACCGGGAACCACCUGGGUUGCAUGUAUGAAUGCUGUGUUGAACAUCACUUUCCUUUGGGUGCCUCAGAUCCUGUUCCCGACUUUCAUCGCCGAAAUGGAAAAGCCGCAAGACUUCCCGAAAGCCUUGGCUGUCUUGACCGCGAUUUCUGCAAUUUUGUUCAUCGUGCCUCCUGCCAUCGGAUUCCGAUACCUGGGACAGUACUCCACGGCACCAGCAUUCGGUAGUUUGGGAGUGGUAUCGUACAAGAAAGCUUCUUUCGGAUUCGUGAUCGUCCCAACCUUGAUCAUCGGCGUGAUCUACGCAAACGUGACGGCGAAGUUCAUCUACACCUGGGUGUUGGGCAAGUCACGACACACGCACAGUCACACCGUGAUUGGAUGGGGUGUUUGGGUCGCCAUCAUGGUGGGCAUUUACCUGCUCGCAUACAUCUUCUCCGAGGUUAUUCCCAGCAUGGGUGAUUUCCUUUCUUUGUUGAGUGCGACGUUUGAUUCCUUCUUCGGAUUCAUUUAUUUUGCAAUCGCCUACUGGCAGCUCAACCGUGGCUCAUUAUUUAGCGGCCUGGGAAGAAGUGUCAACACCGUGUUCAACAUUUUCAUCUUCAUCGUUGGACUCUUUGUACUGGGCCCUGGACUUUAUGCGGCUGUUGAGGCUAUCAUUGCCGAUUAUUCCGGCUCCACCACACCAGCCUUUACAUGUGCUAACAUGGCCAUCUGA